ACUAAGAAGUGGAAUAUAGCUUAGUCUCGCAGCCAUACUUCAAAAACAUAACUCAACAUAAAGUAUGACCCGCGAGACUACUUAGCUUUCACUGGCGACCAUUACCACACAUUAAGCAUGGCAGCAGAUGAACAAGAUAGAGAUAGUCUCUUCCACUUCAGUGCAGGGGACAGAUCACUAAGUGCUGCGUGGACCACCAACACAGGGCAGUCCUCUCAGCCUCAAUGGUCGGGUAAUGGAGGAUCUCUCUUUAAGAGGAUUGGAGCCACUGACAAGAUCAACAAAUCGUUGGCUGCUCUGAAUGAAGUGGUGACCCCAUCUUCUCACACGCCCUACACCCCGGGGUCUCACACGCCCUACACCCCGGGCUACCUACUCAAGGGCAGUCUCCGUGGUGAUCCAGACACUCCUCUCGGUGGAGCUACCCCACUCCUGGGAACACCUGUUGGAGGGGAUACUACUCAUGAGUUGUUGAUGACAUUGGGCCCAGACGAUACAGCCAUCAUGGGUCAAACAUUUCUCAAUACGACUUUGUUUGGAGAGCAAUCCUCCGCACAAUUCAACACAAUGUCUGAUGAUCCUGUCGAGACAACAAGUAAAGAGCUGGUUCGUGUGUUUCACCAGUGCUACACUGACCACACCCACCCAUCACAAAGCCUGGAGCUGAUAGCCGCACUGCAAGAAGCUUGUAAUAACCAGAUAUCAUCAGUCAAGAGUAACUCUGCUGCUGCACUAACACCACUCAUCUCUGAGCUGAGUCUAGAGAGCAACACUUGGGAACUUUUAGGAGUGCUCUAUUCUGACAGACUAGAAGAAGCUAUGGACUCACAAGAAAUGUAUGGGAGAAGCCAUAAGGAGAUUGCUGAUGAGUUCUUCACACAAGACAGUACUGUACGCCAGGCACAGUUAGUGGUGGACUGGCUGGAGAAGAGUGCUAUGGCUGAGUUGCUCAAGUAUCCUCACAAGACUGAUUACAUGACUGACAGUGUGGGCUGGGAGAACACACAGCACAGUCUGGAGCGAGGCAGAGACUCUCAACACCUGGUCUCACAAAUGGAUCCUGAUGCUCCACAUCGUGAAGGCAAGCACUUAGCUGAGCUGGAUGAGAAGGAUGAGCAAACAUUCCUCAAGCAUCUCUUCACUUGCAUCAGAGCUGGCGAGGUGGCCAAGGCACAAGAGUUGUGUGUGACUCAGGGUCAAGCAUGGAGGGCGGCCACUAUUGAAGGGUGGAGGCUUCAUCAUGACCCUAACUACGGCAAGAACAUGCUGAUGGACGAGAUGGAGCCAGUGGAGGGCAAUGCGACGAGAGACCUCUGGAAACACUGUACCUGGCAACUAGCAUCUGAUGUACAGUUGAACGUGUAUGAGAAAGCACUGUACGCUGGACUCAGUGGAAAUGUCAAACAAAUUCUGCCUGCCUGCACGAGUUGGCUUGACAGUGUGUGGGCAUACUUCAAGGGAGCAGUGGAUGUACUGACAGAGCGCAGACUAAGAGCAGCUAAUCCGUCCACUGGCCUGCCACAAGUUCCCCUACCAUCUGAUUAUUGGAAUGCUAUCUUGGCUCCAGAGCUCAUCUUUCAAGAGAUUGAAGCCAGUCCCAAUGCUAUGGUGUUGAAACAAAGUAGGAAUCCAUUUCAUGUUGUCCAGAAGUUCAUCAUUUUAGGAAACCUAGAUGGCAUGGUGACUGCCAUGCAUGGCUGGCUGGGGGACAACCCUAACCUCUAUCUGCUGAGAUUCAUGACUCACCUAACACUGUUAGCCCAAGCCCUUGGUCAAGUGGACACAGAGGAUGAGCGUUGCAGUGAUAUUAUACAGGCCUAUGUCAAGGGUCUGAUAGAGGACAAGUUCCAUACGUGUGUAGCUGUCUACACUGUCAGACUGCCACACCUCCUCCAGAUCACAUGUUAUGCCUCGCUCCUUGAAGGCAUUGAUGAUCCGGCUGAUCAGCGCGAGUGUUUAGAGCUAGGGACUGCAGCUGGGCUGGAUGUGGCUGUCAUCACAAAGUCUGUUGUUGAACACAUGAGGCACAGUGGACCAGAUGAAGGGACUGGAGACUCUGGGCCAGAGUGGGUCCCCCUCAAGGACAUAGAGAUCACUAAGUUGGACAAGAGCAAAAUAGAGGUCAUCCGAUGGCUCAUAUUUGACAGGGGUCAGAGGUCAGAGGCUAUUCAUCAGGGCAAUGCUCUAAUGAGGCAGUUCCUAGCCACUCGGAAGCUAUCAGCAGCCGAGGCACUGUUUCGUAAGCUACCCUCUGACUCUGUGGAGGUUGUGAGGAGAGUGUGGGCCAGCAAGGCAGGAGACAGUCCUCUGCCAGCGCACCUGGUUAAUGAUAUUCAUGAGUAUUGCUGCAUCCAGGCCUACCUCGAAUGCCAUGCGUCCUUCAACGAAUGGUUCCGUCAUUUCCACCACAGCAAGCCCGAGUGUCCCUCUGAGCCUCAUCAUGGAGGAUUCACUGACAGCGUGGCCUAUGAACACAAGCUGAAGCAGUACGAGAGUGAUGAGCAGAACUGGUCCAACCAACUCAACUCUUUAUCUGAGGAUGUGGAGGCCAGUCUGUAUGGUGUCCUACAGUGUGGGGAUAGUGGAUGGAUGGUAGACCCUCAACAAGCUGAGGAGGUGGACCUGCGACGUGCCUCCCAGCUGGUGUUACUAAGGGAGAUAUGCAUCCCUCAAGUGACUUUCCUCUUGCACACUGUGUUGAACUCUACUGGGCAAACCAGGAAGGACACUAUUGUCAUUGAAGCUCGCUUCAGAGAGAAGAAAGGCGACAGAGGGCGUAGUAGAAAGUGGAAGGAUAUGUUGAAACUGCCACCAGUUGCACAAUGUUUGAGUCUCAGAGAUGGCAUUAACCACUCGUAUGAACACCUGGUGGAGGAACAACCAAUCGGCUGUCGCUUAUUCUUCUUGUUCUGUCAGAGAGACCUUGAGUUGUCCAAGUGUGUCCGUGUGAUAGAAGCCCUAGAAGAGUACGUGUUGGUACCUGAGGAGAAGGCACUCUCUUCAGCUCACAAGCUCUUCCAGGAGUUCUUAGAACCAGAGAUGCCCACUCGAGUGCAGUGUGUAUUGAGAGAGGAGGCUGAAAAGGUGAAGAGGAAGUUGACAGCCUCAGAGUCACCUAAGACAUUGUUUGAAGAAUGCCGACAGAACGUUCGUGAGUUUCUGAGUGGACAACCAUUUAUAGAAUAUCUUGAUAGUCAGCAUUUCUGGCGCUACUUGCAAUGGAAGUAUCUCGAGAGAGCUCCAGUCACAAAGAACCUGUUUAGAGUGUACCGAGUAUUAGGCAAGGGAGGCUUUGGUCUAGUGCACGCUUGUCAGAGCAAGCCAACUGGGAAGAUGUACGCACUCAAGAAACUGGAGAAGAAAAGGGUCAAAAAGAGGAAGGGAGAAAAACUGGCUCUGAAUGAAAAGUUGAUCUUGGAGAGGGUCAACAGCCGAUUUGUGGUAAGCCUGGCUUAUGCCUACCAGACUAAGGAUGCUCUCUGUAUGGUCCUCACUCUAAUGAACGGUGGGGACCUGCGCUUCCAUAUCCACCAUAUUGGAUCCAGUGGUCUAAGCAUGGAGAGAGCUGUGUUCUAUGCUGGGGAGAUUGCUAGAGGGCUGGCUCAUCUGCACUCUGCUAGAAUAGCCUACAGAGAUAUGAAACCAGACAACAUACUGUUGGAUGAUCUUGGUCAUGUUAGGAUAUCUGACCUUGGCCUGGCUGUGUUAAUACCUGAGGGGCAAUCAGUGCGUGGGCGUGUUGGUACUAUAGGAUAUAUGGCUCCUGAAGUGAUAGACAACCAUCGCUACACCUUCAGCCCUGACUGGUGGGGGCUUGGCUGUGUGGUGUAUGAGAUGAUUGCAGGAGAGUGCCCCUUUCGUAAGAGGAAGGAACGAGCUUCUCGUGAAGUAAUCGAGAAGAGAGUUCGCGAGAGUUCAAUCACGUACUCCUCAAAGUUCACUCCUGAGGCUUCUCUAUUUGUGUCUCAACUGUUGGAGAGAAACAGUUCCAACAGAUUGGGACGAAGUGGACGUGGGUUUCAGGAUGUCAAGUCCCAUCCAUUCUUCCAACAGAUUAACUGGAAGCAUCUCGACGCUGGUGUGUGUGAGCCACCAUUCACCCCCAAUCCCAGAGCUGUGUAUGCUAAAGAUGUAUUGGACAUUGAUCCAUUCUCUUCGAUCAGAGGAGUUGAGAUUGAGGAACCAGAUAAUGAGUUUGCUGGCAAGUUCUCUACUGGGGCGGUCUCUAAACCAUGGCAGGAUGAGAUGAUUGAAAUGAAAGUGUUUGAUGAUGUGAACAAGUUGUACCCAAUAGAGGCCAUGAGCCUGGACUCUAACUCUCCCCUAGGACCACCCUCACCAACAGACAGAACAGGCUGGACUAAACUAAAGAGAUUCUUCAGAUUCAAGAGACAGUCGUCGAGUGCUCCUGAGAGACAACCAACAGCUAGUGCUGUGGAGGUGCCGUCCUCUCUGAUACAGCUCCCUGAAGCCACACCCCCUACACCUGAGGCCACUCCCCCUCCACUAGAAACCACACCUCCUGUGGAUGACGCCACUAUUGAUAUUAACAGUGACUUGACUAACUCUACUAACCCUGGAGGUUCUAAUGAUAUUCCUGAUCCUCUCCCAGACAGUCUCUAGUAUGUGUGUCACUAUAAUGUUGAUAGCACGUGUUCAGCACUAGUCGUUUAUAGCUCAUCUAAUGUCUGUCAGCUUUUGUAAUUAAUUGCACCUUAUAAUUAUAAUUAUUUUGUAAUUCCACAUUUUUUAUAAUUAAUUUUCUUGAUUAUAAUUUUAAUUCUUGUCGCAGUAAAAUGGCCGCGGUCAAAUUCAUUAUAUAAAGUGGGUGUGUACGUGUGAA